ACUCCCCAUUAAUCCCCACUCAAAUCCACCUUUAAUUACCAGCCACAUUCAAAAAUCAAUACCUCCUUAAUUAAAUCUAAAUCAUAUUAUAUCUAAUCUAAUCAACCCAUUUUUUAUUUUCCUAUUCAUAUUCCAAUAUCACACCCUUCCAAAUCUGGCUUAUUUCCUCAUUUAAUUUUAUUCAUAAAUGACAACUCCUUUUACCAGAAAUCCUAUAAAUGCCAACCCAUUUCUCAAUUCUUACCCCCAUUUUAAACCCCACCAAAUUAACAACAACAAUAAUUACAAGAAAAUACUCUUUCUCCUUCUUUCAAUGGCUUUCUCUCUUUUCUUCCUCCUCUUUCUUUCUCUCUCCUCCCUCUCCUCCGCCCACCGCCACCCCAAGAAUCCCCGUGUUCAAUUCUCCGACAUUCAACCUUCAAUCCGCCAGGCUUGCCGGGCGACCCGUUUUCCUGAUGCGUGUCAAUCCAUGUUAGCGGGUCGGGCUUCGAAGGAUCCGACCCCGGCUGGGAUAAUUCAGUUGGCGUUUCAGGUCUCGACCCAGAAUCUUAAAACGGGUCAGGCUAUGGUCCAGGAGAUUCUAGACGCUUCGGCUCAUAAUCCUAACCGCUCACGUGCCGCCCAAACGUGUCUUGAGGUUUUGGGGAAUUCUCAGGCUCGGAGUUCUGCCGCGGAGGAUGCUUUGGCACGUGGGAAGCUUAAGGACGCACGUGCAUUGGGUAGCGCUGCGCUUUCUUAUCAGUAUGACUGUUGGUCAGGUCUGAAGUACGUCAAUGAUUCAGCCGCAGUGAACGGGACGAUGUCGUUUUUCGAUACCGUCUUGAUCACAUCAACCAGCAACGCGCUCAGCAUGCUGCGUGCGCUGGACGCGCUAGGGCCUGAUCUGGCCUCAUGGACCCCACCUCGUACUGAGCGGGACGGGUUCUGGGAGCCUGUUGUGUCGGGGUCGGAGUCAGUAACUCUGAAGUUUGGGUCGUUGUCGAGUUCUUUUAAGGAGGCGGAUGCAACGGUGUGUGCUGGAGGAGGGUGUAAGUACGAGAAGUUGCAGGACGCGGUGGAUGGGGCGCCGGAGAAUUUGGAUGGAGGGAAGAAGUAUGUGAUCAAGAUAAAGGAAGGUGUUUAUGAUGAGAUAGUGAGGGUGCCUUUUAAUAAAAAGAAUUUGGUGUUUUUGGGGGAUGGCAUGGGUAAAACUGUCAUUACUGGUUCUUUGAGCACUGGGAUACAGGGGAUCACCACCUAUAAUACUGCUACUGUCGGUGUUCUUGGUGAUGGAUUCAUGGCCAGUGGUCUUACUAUUCAAAAUACGGCAGGACCAGAUGCUCACCAAGCUGUAGCCUUCCGUUCAGACAGUGACUUCUCUUACGUUGAAAACUGUGAAUUCCUUGGUAACCAGGACACCAUCUAUGUCCAUUCCCUCCGACAGCUCUUCAAAUCAUGUCGAAUUGAAGGAAAUGUCGACUUUAUCUUUGGCAAUGCAGCUGCCAUCUUCCAGGACUGCACCAUUCUAGUCCGUCCUCGCCAACUUAAACCUGCGAGUGGUGAGACCAAUGCUAUAUCUGCCCAUGGAAGAACAGACCCAGCCCAAACCACAGGGUUUGCCUUUCAGGGUUGCCACAUUAAUGGAACAGAGGAGUACAUGAAACUUUACAACAGUAAGCCUAGCAAGCACAAGAAUUACUUAGGGAGGCCAUGGAAGAUGUAUUCUCGGACAGUUUACAUCAACAGCAACAUGGAAGCUCUCAUCACCCCUGCUGGCUGGCUUCCAUGGUCUGGAGAUUUUGCAUUGUCUACUCUCUACUAUGGGGAGGUUGGAAAUACCGGUCCCGGUGCUGGUUUGUCUAACAGAGUUCCUUGGAGUAGACAAAUUCCUGCCGAACACAUCUUCACCUUUUCUGUACAGAAUUUUCUACAAGGUGAUGAAUGGAUCACAACAGCUUCUUGAUUUUGGGGUGCUUUAAAAUUGUUAUUAUUGGAAUAUAUUUGUUGUAGAAUAGAGAAUGUAAUUUCAUCUUACCCUCAUUGUUUGAAGGAUGAAAAUAUCACAGAUUUUGGUUAGACUAGUCCUUUAGCUUGCGGCAUUACUCUAGAGUCUAAGUAUCUCUGCCUGUGUACAUAUAUUUUACAAUGGGAAAAGAAAUAAGAAAAAAAUUUAUACCACCUC